AUGACAUGCAACCAGGCGUGGUUACACAGCUACAAGCCCCUGCCCGUCAACAGGGUCACUCUCAGCAACAACACCAUGAUCAACACCGUCAGCACCAGCACCAUCAACAGCUUCACCACCAUCAACAGACAUGACAUGUCCCUCAUGCUGACUGGAGUACUGCAUGUACCCCAGCUGGAGAAGCUACAAGCAGGACCAUGCCUGACCUUGCAUGUUGAAUGGCCCAUGCCAGUUGAGUCGUUCUCCUGGCAGCUCUAUUUUGUCACUUUCAUUGAUGACUGCACCAGAUAUGCUCAGGUGCACCUCAUGUGCCACAAGAGUGAGGUGCUGAGCAAGCUCCAGGCGUUCAUUGCUGUGCACAAGAUUCAUGGCCGUGAGUGGAUGGUGUGUUGUGGCAUCCAGCAUGUCACUGCACCAACCUACUCACCUGAGCACAAUGGUGUUGCUGAGUGGUACAACUGCACUGUCAUGAACAUGGUGCGCUCCAUGUUGUUGGAUGCUGGCCUGGUGAACUGGUUCUGGGCUGAAGCCCUCAACACUGUGGUCUACAUCAACAACUGCAUGCCAUCCAGGUCCAUUGACAACAAGGACCCCUUCCAGCUUCUCCACAGGCGCGCGCCUGACAUCUUGAAGCUGCAGCUGUUUGGCUGCUGCACCUACAUCCUCACGCCUGUGCAGAUGUGCAACAAGCUCCAAGACUGCUCAUGUGAGGCCGUCUACCUUGGCCUGUUGGGCAAUGGCACCCACCAUCGCCUGUGGGUUCACUCCAGUGGCACCAUCACUGAAUCACAUGACGUCAUCUUCUGUGCUCCCCCUGCAGCAGCACCAUGCAACCUGCUUGCCACCCUUUGGAUCCCCAAGCUGAAGACCACCACCAUCACACCACUGGUGGAUGAGGAGGUGAACAACAACAAGCCUGAGCUGCUCAACACCACCCACACAGAGGGUGAUGACUUCACUGUGCUGGAAGACAAUGAGGACGCCCUGAGUCCACCUACCUCCCCAAACAACAUCCUGGGGGAGUGGCUCAGUCUGGAUGAUGAUGACAAUGACAACCUCCAUGGCCACAAGGCCAUGGCCAAGCCCAACUCUGCCAUCCUCAACCAUGACAAAUGGGUGGUGAAUGACUGCCACCACCACACUGUGGUCACAGCCACAGACACUGCAUGCAUCACACCCAACUCCUACACUGAGGCCAUCGCCUCCAAGGACACCAACCAGUGGAUCGACUGCAAUGAAGGCUGA